CUGCGACAGAAAAUCUUUACUGCGCUGAAAGAAAAUGUGAAAGUAGUGCUUUGGAUCAGGCGUAAUUUAUCCGACCAACCGCUGUUGAUAUUUCUGGCUGAGACGUACUUGUGUUUUCUAGAAUUGAAGUUUACGGACAACGUUCAGUUGGGUGUAGAAUUCUUCAUUUUGGAAACAUUAUUUCGUGUUAGGAGAGCUCUCUUUCGUUUCCUUCGCCAUUAUGGUUAAAACGUUUCAAGCGUAUCUCCCUCACUGCCAUAGAACCUAUAGCUGUAUUCACUGUCGGGCUCAUCUGGCAAACCACGACGAACUUAUUUCUAAGUCGUUCCAAGGUAGUCAAGGGCGGGCGUACUUGUUCAAUAAAGUAGUGAACGUCGGCUGCGGUCCAGCUGAAGAGCGAGUUUUGUUGACAGGACUGCACGCAGUUGCCGACAUUUAUUGCGAGUGCUGUAAAACCACCUUGGGUUGGAAAUACGAACAUGCCUUUGAGAACAGCCAAAAGUAUAAGGAAGGAAAGUUCAUCAUCGAAAUGGCCCAUAUGAUCAAAGACAAUGGAUGGGAAUAGGCAAAUAAUAAAAUAGGACCUACCACAGUGGACUAAAAAUUUUUUAUAAGCCCUGUGGGCAGACUUUGGAUUUUGUACAGAGAUUAUGUUUUAUUCAUAAUGUUGAAAGAGCUUUUAUACCUAGACAAAACCAUACAGAUAUUCUGGUUUACGAACAGAACAACUGAGACCUCUUUCGUAAAGAAAUCGUGGUCAUUUUCUCUGUAAAUAGAAGAAAUUGCUCAUCUCGGGGUCUGUCUUGCGCAUAUUGCGCUGGUAGUUAUCUCGUGAACGUCAUGAGCUUCCCCUAAGCUUGUAAGGAGAAAGCUUGUAUAGUUAAAGUCGUUAAUAUACUUGAAAUCUUGUAAAUAUAAAAAUCAUAUUGUAGGACAUGUUUUAUUUGACUUGUGUGCCGAGGAAGACAAUAUUAAAAUUGUUUGGGUUGGUACAAAUUUAUGUACAUUGACUAAUUCAUCUUCGAAAGAUGUUUGAUAUUCUUAGGGACAAGGAAAUUAUACAGCGAUUGAUUUAUUAUCCGUUAACAAACCAAAUCGGACAAAUUUGAGUGAGGUUUUUCAUUUUUAUCGGCCUCACUCUCGUUUUGAUUGCGUAUCCACGAACUUUAUCGCUUUCCUUUAAAUACGACAGCGCUUUUUGUUUUAGUAACUGAAGAUUUAAAGCAGAUUGUUAUAGGCUUAGCAUUUGCAUAAUGUUGAUAUUUAAUGCUAUCAUUUUCUAGAAGAAACGAAAUUGAAAUCGAAUCCUUCAUCUUCAGGCAAUAUAGAUAGGUUGUAGAUUUAUGAAGUCGCUAGAGCGGAAGGUGGAAUGUUUUCAUAUUUUCAGGAAAAUCGGUCGAAAUAUUGUUCAUGGUAAUUUAACAAAUCUUCUGUUGGAAAAUAAUAACUGCAGUUGUGUCUUGAA